UGGUGACGCCGCGCGUCCUGGAGCUGCCUGGGCUCGCUGGGGCCGCUUCUCGGGAAAUCUCGGUGUCAGCCCGGCGGGGGCGUGCCCUCAGGGGGAGGGGCACCCUUGAUGGAGGGCGCCCUAGAUCCCCCACCAAGCCAGGGUCGUCCCCUCGGUUAGAGAGGCCUGCGUGCACUGGGGAGUCACACUUGACUUCGAAUGGCCUGGCCGCGGGGAGCCUCAGUUUACCCCUCUGCCGAAUGGACACAGUAGCAGCCCCCGCGGUCCCGGGAAGCUGGUGGCAGUCAAUCAAGCGCUCAGCGCAAGGCGAUCGCAGAAUCAAGGGCAGCCCGGCCCGGGGAAGGGACCCCGCGGCGCGCCACCGCCUCGGCUCUCAUUACUUCAACUCGGAAAUUCCGGGCUCGAGCGGCCAGCGAGGGGGGACCGGCCUACUCGGGUCGGGCACCCUCUCAAUCCGGAAAUGCCGGAGCCCUCCUUCUGGAGGGGAAAGCGCGAGGUUUCCGGGAAGGAAGCGCCGCCCCUCGGCCCCCCGUGGCCGCGACUAUAAAAGGGCGCGCGUUCCUGGGCGGCCCAGGAGCGGCCACACAGCUGCGCUGCCCUGUGCGCCCCGCGCCCGCUAUGGCCCCCGGUGCCGCCCGCUGCGUCCUGCCCGCGCUCCUCGCCCUGCUCGGGGCUCUGCUCCCAGGCGGAGAGUUCCCUCUUGUUCGAGGCUGGGACCCCAGCACCCAGCAAAGCAUUUUAGAUCCAGGGUUUGCAGGAGCCCAAAUAUCAGUGACGCCCCCAGAAGCCAUCAUACCGCGAGGAGGCUCGGUGACAGUGAACUGUAGCGCCUCCUGUGCUGAGCUGGGCCUGGAGAUCGAACUGAGUAAGAAGGAAGUGGCCCAGGGGGUCAACUGGAAGACCUUCGAACUGAGUGAUGUGCGAGAGGACAUCUCUCCAAUAUGCUACGCAAACUGUCCCAACCAGACGGAGUCUUCAGUGUCCAUCACCGUGUACGGGUUCCCCGAUCUCGUGGAGCUGGAACCCCUGCCCUCCUGGCAGCCCGUGGGCCAGAACCUCACCCUGCGCUGCCAGGUGGCAGGCGGGGCGCCCCGCGACAACCUCACCGUCGUGCUGCUCCGCGGGGAGGAGGAGCUGAGCCGGCAGCCGGCGGUCGGAGAGCCAGCCCUGGUCAACCACACGGUGGAGGCCCGCAGAGAGGACCACGGCGCCAACUUCUCGUGCCGCGCGGAGCUGGACCUACGGUCCCGAGGGCUGGGACUGUUCCAGAACAGCUCGGCCCCCAGGCAGCUGCGAACCUACGUCCUGCCAGACACAAACCUGAGCCUCUCUGCCCCCCGGGUCGUGGAAGCGGGGACACAGGUGCUCGUGGAAUGCGUCCUGGGCGGGCUGUUCCCGGCGUCGGAGGCUCAGGUCCACCUGGCGCUGGAGGACCACAGGCUGAACGCCACAAUCACCUACAACGGGGACUCCCUCGUGGCCAGGGCUCCGAUGCAGGGGCUCGCGGGGGAGGAGGGCACCCAGCAGCUGGUGUGUGUGGUGGCGCUGGGAGGCAGGGACCUGCGGACGCGGGAGAAAGUGACCAUUUACAGCUUCCCGGCUCCCAACCUGACCCUCAGCCAGCCCGAGGUCUCUGAGGGGACGCUGGUGAGCGUGGAGUGUGAGGCCCAUUCUCCAGCCGUGGUGACGCUGCACGGGGCCUCAGCCAGCCGCCCCUCUGAGAGGGACCAAAUCCAUCUGAACGCCAGCGCGGAGGACAACAAGCGCAUCUUCUCCUGCUUGGCUACUCUGAAGGUGGCUGGGCAGAUGGUACACAAGAACCAGACCCGGGAGCUCCGAGUCCUCUAUGGCCCCCGGCUAGACAAGAGGGACUGCUCAGGAAACUGGACAUGGCCGGAAGGCUCGAAGCAGACGGCGAACUGCCAGGCCUGGGGGAACCCGACCCCCAAGCUGACCUGCAGCCGGAAGGACGGGGCUUUGCUGCCCAUCGGGACCCAGAUGCUUGUCAAGCGGGAGAUUGCCGGCACCUACCUGUGUCGGGCUGAGAGCUCUCACGGGAAGGUCACCCGAGAAGUGGUGGUGAAUGUGAUAUACCACCAGAAUAACGUGGUCAUCAUCAUUCUGGUAGCGGCUGUCAUCAUCUUGGGCACGGUGGGCACAGCUGCCUACAUCUAUAACCGCCGGCGGAAGAUCCAGAUAUACGAGCUACAGAAGAAGGCCCAGGAGGCAGCCGCUCUGAAGCUGAACGCCCUGGCCUCGCCGCCCUGAGCUGUCCCUGCACGCCUGGGCGGUGGUGCCACACUGAAGAGUGGCGGACAUAGGCCAUUCAGCUACAUGCACCCUCCCAGGAUGCCUCAGUCAGGAUACAGGCAGCCUUUGCGGUCGUGGUGCCUCACCUAGGACCCCAAGGCCUCACACCUGACAUGCAACCACAGGACUGAGCCAAGGAGGCAUGACAGUGAGGGAUGUCAGUGUCUGACCUGGCCGGAGGGUCAGCGAUGGAGAUGGGUCCCUCUGACAUGGGGACACCCAGCUGGGAACCACUGAAACUGACCACCACUGCGUGUGCUGAGGCACCACCACUGCGUGUGCUGAGACCACAGUCCUAACAAAGAAGUGGCCCUGCACAGACCCAUGCAGCCUCGAAACACAGAUCCCCACACAUCCUCCGACAGAUGCCAGCUGCAGUGCUGCUGUCCACUGACUGUCCCCAACCCUUGACGAUGACAUAUUUAUUCAUUUGCUCUUUUAUCAGCUGUUUACUGAUUGCCUUUGAUGUGGGCUAGAAUGGUAAACAGGAGGAACAUAGGUUCCUGCCCUCAGGAAGUUCUCAACUAAUCUCAUUCAGGGUCACCAGGUACAUUUGUACUGGCUGUGCACUGCACAAGAGUACAAGUGCCAGGUAACAAGAUCAAGCGGGGCUGGAAUUCCCCACUUCAUUGGCCAAGCUGCUUUCCUCUGGAAUUGGACUAUCAAUGGCCACGUGGUUAACUGGUGACAUGCCCAGGGACGACCCACUGAGCCCUUACUCCCCCCUCCCUGCACCCGAUCUUGGUAGGCCGCUUCUCCACCCAUCGACCUCUCUGCUAGUGCUCACAAGGACACUUGGGGGCAUGCCCACUCCUUGGCAGCUAGACCAUGGAGUGCCAUGAAACUAUGCCCAACCCGUGUGCCUCUGCCUCGUCCAACCUGUCUCCAUCUCAUUGGAGCCGUCUGAGAACAGAAGAGUCUGGCAGCUCCCUAUUCCUGCAGCCGCGAGGGCCCUCCCCAGAGGCCGUGUGGAGGAGAGGCCUUGGCGCAUGGGCUCCGGAAGCUUCUGCCUGUGCUAAUAAAGCUUUUCAUCCGCCCCAGCCUGGGUGACUUCAGGGGAGCUGUCACGUCCAGCUGGAGCCACAGACCUGUCCUCUCAUUUCCGCCCCCAAAUAAACGCUGCCAGUUCAAGGCCCAUCCCUGAGGCUCGAAUCCAAAUCUGGGGCUUGUUAGGAACUUUCGAGAUUCCAGUGAAAAUUAAAGUGACAGUUGGUUUA